CCCCGAGUCCAAGGCGGUUCGAAAAAAGAGAAAUCGUGCGCGUCCCCGAAGCGGAGGGGAAACUGAACUGCGAAAAGAAAAAUCAGUGAUGGAUGAGGUACACCAAAAGCAGUUGCAGACAUUGGAGGAGAUUAUUGAUAGGGAUUUGAAACAGAAGCUUGUACAGUCCACUGCUUCACGGGACAAGAUCUUUGAGGAACAAAAAACACUCUCUGAUUUGCGGAAAAACAUAGAAACCCUGGAGAAAAAUGGUGUAACCAGUCUCAAAACAAUGGUCAACCUUGGUUCAGAAGUUUACAUGCAGGCUGAGGUGCCGGAUACUCAGCGUGUAUUCGUGGAUGUUGGACUCGGAUUUUAUGUGGAGUUCACCCGUCAGGAAGCUCUUGACUAUAUUUCACAGAGAGAGGAAAGCCUCAAGAAACAACUAAAGGAGAUAACAGGUGUUAUAGCCAAGAUUAAAGGGCACAUCAAACUGGCUCAUUACCAGAUUCAGCAAAUACUCAAUCUUCCAGAAGAGAAUCCGACACCGCAACGUGUAUUUUAAUAGUUGUUGGCUUCAUUGUUACAAAUUAUUGCCUUCUUUGUUGUGUUAUUAUUCAUUAUAAUAAUUAUUUCAUAUGCCUUCUUCUUUUGAAGUCUCUCGAUGAACAUUUGAAAACUACUGGAGUUUUUGGUGAUUAUUUAUGUUAUAAUGAUGGUGUUUAAUUUCAAAUUA